UGCAUCCAUCGGACUGUCAGCUUAUAUUAAAUCUGACAUCAAACUACUUUCUCUGGCUACUAAACCCUUGAGGUUGGAAGUGAGCCCUCAUGGCACCUGCAAUAAAAGCAAAGCUCCUGACAUGGAAACUGAUGUGAAGUUGAUUUUGUAAUUCAGUAUCGAGAAUUACAGAAAGAAUGUUGUGUUUGGAUCCUAAUUUAUUAACAUCAAACUCCAAAGGUUGAGACAAAGACUUCCAAGAAGUUUGGGUAUCAAGGCAUUAUCCACCAAAGAGCUUACUUCACAUGAGCAUCACUCAUUUUAAAAACAAAAAAUUCAGGUCUGAAAUUAUUACAGGCGGAACAGGUAAAAUUUUCAGGGAUCAUGGAAACAUCUCAUUUUGCAUAAAACUUACUGAUAUACGUAUAUGUAUGACAUUGAGAUCUCACCUCAACCAUUUUGUGGUGAACAUAGCUACAAGAUAAACAGCAACCACAAACGGCAAAGCAGCUUCAAUUUUUUAACAACAGGAAUGUUAAAAAAUUCCACUGGUGGUCAACGUAUAAAAAUGAGAAGAAAAUAAUAAGUGGAAGAGGAAGUAGCCUAGUUGUUAACCUGUCAGUAACAUUUUUACCUUGACUUGACCUCUGCCCUGCAUCUUUGUCUCAAUAGAUGAUGAGGCAAAAGAACCGUCUGAACUCCAGACUUCUGUGGCUCAGACUCAACCUGGUUCUCCAGUGGAUUGUCACAGACACUGACAAUUAGACAUUCUUUCUCCCUUUCUUGUAUUUGUUGAACGAGUGAAGCUAUUCCACAAGAACCACAGACAUCAACAAACUCUUAUCUUAAUCGAUGCCAGACCGGCUCGUGGCUCCACGCUGCUGUAGAUGAAUAAUUCACCUUGACACUGAGCCAAAGUUUAAACAUGAACUUUAGAGUGUUAAAUGUGUGGCUUUGCCUCGAUAAGAAUCAUCAAUGGCAGCACAUGAAGGCUCAACACAAGUUGGUCUUCCAGGUUGAUUUAAACUCUGGUCACAAUUUUCCCCCAAACUCGGACCUCUCAGACUCAGAUUUACAGGACAAAAGCAUCAACAUCCUCUUCUGCUUUGAUCUGAAAAUUGAGUUACAGCUCAAGCUGCCAAGACGGCCAAAUAAAAGUUGUUAUAUCUCAUCGCUAAAUUGCUUGGGUCUGGAAAUGUAAUUGUGGUGCACGCUGGACAAUAUUUAAUUUCAUUUGUAGCAUUCUUCUUCUUCUUUACUGCUAAAAUUGUAGCCGAUGCACUGCUGACACAGCAACUGCUCCAAUCAUGAGACAUUUUGAGAAAGCUUCGAAAAACAACCGCUAAUCUGCUGCUAAAAUUCUUUUUAAAAAACCGAGGGCAUUUAACUCAAUUCUAACUCAGACAGUGGAUGUAUGGAGUAUGUUAUGGUGAGAGUCAAAUAAGGUUUAGCUAAGCAAAGCUAAUCCUGCUAACACCUCUGUCUUACUGUUUACAGUAAAACAGUUUAUGGCCCUAAAAGACUAGAUCAAAGAAAGAAGAAAGAGAAUACAGACAGAGGGGGGGUCCAACACCAACUUUUACCCACAAUACACACAGAGCCAAUGGGAAUGGCAGAAUACAGACAUCAUAUAGACUGACGUCAUCCCGUCAUCAGAGAUUUCCACUUCCAGUGGGAAAUUAAAAAUAACGAGUUCAAGGAAUAAAAAUGGGCAAAAGUUAUAGAAGACAUUAAACCAGAAACAUCUGCAUCAUUAAAAUCUGCCGGCCUCCAUAUGGAGUUGGUUUCCCGCUCAAACACAGGGCCAUUAACCAGUCAUUGUUUUAUAUACAUUUACUGUGAACCUCCAGAACAUUCCUUGUGAAUUGAGUAGCAGUUAAAUUAUCCCCACAACUACAGAGAGAAACUGGCAGUGCCAAAAGGAGCAGACUGUGAACUGAACCUGAGAGCACCCAGCUGUGAAGAAAUCAACAAGCUAGAAAAUAACAACAGGAAAUGUAUUCAUGGCCAAAUAUACUGUAAUGUUAUCUGAAAUCAUCUCAUGAAUGACAGUAGGACGUAUACUCACAUCAGAACAGCCAAAAUAUUCAGUUUUUUAACAGUCAGACAAAUACUUAGGAAGCACCAUAUUUAACGACAACCAGAACGACACUUUCUGGAGCGAGGUUUAGUUCCCCCGGCUGUGUGUGUGAACGUGACUCAGAGGCGGGGCAAACAGCGGGGCUCACUGACACAUUUGUCAGGGAAGCCUGUCAUUGUGGACUGAGGCUUCAGCUCUGGUCAAAGUGGCUUUGGCUACGGACAGAACACUUGUGGUCUCUACAGCCAACAGGCAGCUCGCCAUUCCUGGGUGUCAACUGGUUUCCUCUCUGUGACCCCUGACCCCUCGAGAGUCAGGGAAAUGAGCCAACAUCCUCUGACACCUUGUUUUCAGUGAUAUGUUUACCACAUGUAUACUGAUAUUUAUUUGUGGCUUUUGAGUGUGCGUUCACAAUAAUAAUCCAUCUCUCACUCUACCUUCUCCAUCAGUCUCCUCAGGGAUGAUUGACAGCUGCUCCUUUUGAAAGACCCAGAAUGCCUGUGGUGCUGGUGGGCGGUCCACCUUCUUACCAACAUGUUGUACCUCUUGCCCUGACCUACUCAUGGCUGCUUCUGCUCUUCCAUGCUGCCUUUGGUCAGAAACCUGCCAAGCUGCCCCUGAUCAGCCGGAAGCCCUUCAUUGCAGCCUGGAACGCCCCGCUGGACUUGUGUACCAUCAAAUACAACAUCUCAGCCAACCUGGACCGUCUUUUCCACAUCCACGGAAGCCCACGUGCAGACUGGACGGGGCAGAAUGUCACCAUCUUCUACGCCAACAGGCUGGGUUACUACCCUCACUACACCCCCCAGGGCACCGCUGUGCAUGGCGGCCUGCCGCAGAACAGCAGCCUGGACCUGCACCUGAUGAAGGCCUACCAGGACAUCAACCACUUCAUCCCCGCAGAAGACUACCGUGGCCUAGCUGUCAUUGACUGGGAGUUCUGGCGACCACAGUGGAGCCGAAACUGGCACAAGAAGGACAUUUAUCGUCAGAAGUCGAGGGAGCUGACAGCCAGAGCGUAUGUGAACGUGACGGCAGCUCAGGUGGAGGAGCUGGCACGACGGCGGUUUGAGAAAAGUGCCAGGGCUUUUAUGCAAAAGACUAUCCAGCUGGGAACACGUCUUCGCCCCAAUGGCCUCUGGGGUUUCUACCUCUACCCUGACUGCCACAACUACAACCUGCAUGAUCAGAACUACACAGGUUACUGCCCCCUGCUGGAGAGGCUGAGGAACGAUGAACUUGUGUGGUUGUGGAACAGCAGCACAGCACUUUUCCCUUCUGUGGCUAUCAGGAAAAGUCACACCAACAGCAUCAGCAACCUGCAAUUCUCCCAGCACAGGAUCAGGGAGUCGCUUCGCAUCGCCUCGCUGACCUCAAAGGAGUACGACCUUCCCACCUAUGUGUACCUGAGGCUGGGAUACAGGGACGAGGCCCUGGCUUUCCUCACUGCGAAAGACCUGGUCCACACCAUUGGGGAAAGUGCUGCUCUCGGUGCUGCUGGAUUCGUCAUCUGGGGCGACCUUAACUUGACCUCAUCCAGGACAAACUGCAGCAAAGUGAAGGCCUUCCUGAGCCACCGCCUGGGUCAGUACAUCCUCAAUGUGACCAGAGCUGCCGAGGUCUGCAGCGACUUCCUGUGCCAGGGGAAUGGGCGCUGCAUCCGCCGUGACCCCCACGCCCCACAUUACCUCCACCUGAACAAACGCAGCUACAGCAUACGUUCCACCGGCAACGGUGACUUUGCUGUGACAGGGUGGCACUCGCAACACGAUCUCCAGCUGCUGACCAAGAGGUUUCGCUGCCACUGCUAUGAGGGUCACGAGGGCGAGAGCUGCGACAGCAUCAAUGAAGUGAGGGAGGACGACGAGCCGUGGACAGAGGGGGAGGACAACGAGCAGGAGAAGAGAAGGACAGAGUGGGAGUACGAGCAGGAAGAACAGAGGGACGCAACAGACAAUAAGACUUCCCACAGCAGAUCAGGACCUGAAACCUUAUUUGUGAUGCUGUUGUUGAACCUAUUAACAGUAAAAAUGGUUUAUUGAUGGACUCUGUUAAGGAGUCACAUCAUUACAGUGAAUGUGUUCAUAGUUUUUACCAUUGAUAUCCACCCACUUCCAGAGGGUUUAGACGGCAGGGCUGGUGUUCGGCUCAGAUGUUUGCUGCUGUGCAGUGGGUAAAGAAGACAACUCACAGAACUGUUUACCUUUAACGCAGUAGUGCCUGAACUGAGUAUAUAAUACUCAAAGAUGCAAUACCAACACUGCGAGAUACUGCAGUACCGUGCAAAAACUGAAUCUAAAAGAACAUCUACAGCCAGUGCUAAAUCGAGCCGGUUUCGUCUAUCUUUUAGUACUUACGACGUGGCGACAUCUAGUGGUGAAAUAUGUAGUACAAUUUUUUUUAAAAACCCUUAAGGUGCCACUUAUAUGUCGAGCUAAUCUUUGCACUUUCCAACAUGCAGUUAACUCAAGUUAUUAUCAUAACAAGGCUUUUAUUUCGAUUAACAUAGGCUAACGAAUAAUUCUUUAAGGCCUGGAGCAUAUUUCCAAUUUUAACAAAUAAUAUGAUGAUAUUUUAAAUUAUAGUAUUUGGCUUUAAAUGGCUGGGUAACCUCAGAAAUUUUAACAAACACCCUAUUAUUAAAACAUUCUUGAAAAGUACUGUAAGGCCUGAGAUAAAGGGCAACUGACCGUGGUUUUACGGUCUCUUUACAGAUGUAGCAGUAAGAACAGUAUGAGUGUAGAACAUGAGUUCAUGUACUGUGGCCUAGAUCUUCCAAUGAAAUGGUGUUCCUUCGAACCCUAGCACAGAUCACAGCUGCAGCUGAAGAUAUUGUUGAAAGCUGAAUGUUAGAAAAUAGCGAGGGGCUGCAUUUUGCACAGAACAUUUUGACCAGAGAACGUUUGGGCGACUGUUUUGCAGGAAGAGUACGUAAACAGCCAUAAAACCUGAAUCUGCACCGCCACUUUGAUAAGUAAUGUUGGUUAUGGUUAACGUAACCGUCGUACUUUUACUCUGCUACCUGAGUCACGGUCAGCAGGCGAAUCGCUUCUAAAACAAGGCAGCUUGACUUCCCAGAAUUCAUCUCAUUCACUGUGGUCUGGACUGAACAGCUCGAACGUCUGUUUCUGCAAAGUUAUUCAAAGCAGUGGUCCCCAAACAGAAUCACCCGUUACUGUGGACCGGUAAUACUGCUACAAUUUUCAAAUUUCAACAUAAAAUACCUUUUAGAGUUUAAACGGUUAUUAUCAGUCUGAAUGACGUAUUGUUUUGAAAGUUUGUCAGAUUACCUUUUAAUGAAUAAAGUAAAGGGAUAUGACUGGAUCAUUUUUCAAUGGAGUAAAUCAGUAAAACUGAAGUACAUUUUUACUUAUUUACUAUUAUAAAACACAAAUAUCUGACUCUCCUGCAUGUGUGGGAUAUUUGAAAUAUAUCAACGUUAGAGUCUUUGUUGCUUGAAUUACAAACUGGAUUUCACUGAAGGCCGUGUGGAUUUUAAGGAAAACUUUAAGCUAUGAAAAUGUUUUAAUAGCACAGAAAAAAUGUUAACAAGUCGAGGUUUGUCCACAGUGGCAGCUCACAGAGAGGUUCACUCGGCUGCAGCAGUUAUGAAGCAGCCGGAGGAAACCAGAGGUACUACAAUGUCAGAGACGGUCUGACCUAGAGAAUAAAUGUGUCUUUUAUUUUUGCCGUGUUUGUAUAAAAGUACAGAAUAUCAGGUAUAUUUUUCAUAUACAAUAUUUUAGUUUAUUUUACUUUAUCUCAACUUGACAUAUGAACAGCUUUUGAAAGCGUUUGAAAAACACCGGAACUGAGAAUAUGGCACAUAACUUUAACCUGAUUUUAGGAUGAAGUGGUUUUGUGUUUAAGAUUUAUAACUAGCCUUAAAGGUAUAUACUGUAGUUUUCUUUAUUUCUUUUAAUACCUAGUAUUUUUUAAAGGCGUGCAUGAGCAUGGUGCAAAGCCAAAGAUGUGUUUUCUUAACCCGAGAAAGAAUAAAUAUGAGUUAAAAAAACCCAAUAAAAUACGUUUUAAUAUGUUGAA